GUCAUUGAUACUCCAGCCCAGGAUUGCGCAGCAGGAGAGAAUUGAUGAGCUUCGUGUCUUGCAGCACAAGAGAAUCAUGGAAACACCUCUGUUUAUAGCUGCAAGAGCAAAUGAUGUCAGUGCCAUUAAGAAACUCCUUGAGUCUCCCUCCAUAGACCCUUUUGAAAAAGGAGUGAUGGGUGAGACAGCAUUGCACAUAGCAGCAUUGUACAGUAAUUAUGAUGUUGCAACCAUGCUCCUUGAAGAAGUGCCAGAUCUCAUCAAUGUACCGGCCACCUCUGAGCUGUAUGAAGGUAAGACAGCCCUGCACAUUGCUGUGGCAAAUGAAAAUGUUCACUUGGUUAAAGAACUGAUAAACCGAGGAGCCGAUUUGGCAUCAUCACGUGCAACCGGGAUCUUUUUUAGGAGAAGCGAAAAUAACCUCUUUUACUACGGUGAGCACGUGUUGUCUUUUGCUGCUUGUGUUGGGAAUAAAGAGAUCGUCCAGUUCCUGAUUGAAAAUGGUGCCGACAUUAAGGCCCAGGAUUACCUUGGUAACACUGUUCUGCAUCACCUAGCAUUGCAGGCCCAGCGUUACACAGCACAGAUGUAUGAUUUCAUCCUGUCUCUCGAUCCAGAGAAUGGAAAUCCAGCAGAAAUGAUCACAAACAAAGAUGGACUGACUCCCUUCAAACUUGCUGCCUUAGAAGGAAAUGUCCAGCUGUUUCAACAUUUAAUGAGAAAGAAGAAAUACCACAUUCAGUGGUUUUUCAGGUCUGUCUCCGCUACCUUCUAUGACCUCUCUGGUAUCGAUUCCUGGGAUGACGACCACUCUGUCCUUGAUCUGGUUGUGUGCAGUAAUGAAGUUGAGGCCCUGAAAAUCCUCAACCUCCCUGCGAUCAAGGCACUGAUCCAUUUCAAGUGGAAUAAAUAUGGAAAGUAUUAUUUCCGGACACUCACUCUCUUCUACUUCAUCUACAUUAUCAUUUUCACCUCCUGUUGCAUCUUUCGACCUCUUAUACCACGGCGUGACAAUAUCACAGACCCUAGAGACACUCAGAUUCUGGAAGAGGCACCACUAAAUCUGUGCUAUGUAUCAAAAGAAGAUUACAUCCGCUUGGUGGGGGAGAUCAUUUCUGUCUUUGGAGCCAUUGCCAUCCUCCUGAUAGAAACUGCUGACAUCUUACGAUAUGGAACAGAAGGAUACUUUGGGAAAACUGUCCUUGGAGGCCCAUUCCAUGUUAUAAUAAUCUGCCAUGCAUUCCUGGUGCUAUUGAUUCUCAUUCUAAGGCUGACAAGUGCAGGCGCUGAGGGGUUCUUCAUGGCUCUCGCCAUCGUGCUGGCCUGGUGCAAUUCCAUAUACUUUGCUCGGGGAUUCCGGAUACUUGGGCCAUUUGCCAUCCUCCUCCAGAAGAUUAUUUUGGAGAAAUUCUUGACAUUUGUGAUAUUAAUGGUGAUGGUGGUUAUAGGAUUUACAACAGCCAUACACAUGUCAUUCCAAGAGCUUGAUCCUUCCCAGUGGAUUCGCUUUAAUGACUAUAAGAAUCUGCUUUUUCUGAUGUUCAUGCUCUUUUUUGGACUCCUCGACAUCCCACUGAACUAUGAAAAGUACACGCCUUUCAUGGUCAAGAUCUUAUAUGUGUCCUACAUUAUGAUGACUUUCCAGCUGAUGGCUAUUCUCUUCAUCUUCUUGAUUGCCCAGACACUCCGGAAGGUGAUGAAGAAUUUGGAUGUACUCUGGCAAGCGCAGAUUACGGCGUCAAUGAUUCAUCUGGAACGGUGGCUCCCAAGAUAUUUCUGGUCUCGUGCUGGUAUCAGUGGGGUGAAGCUUGGACUUGACAACAACUGGUAUAUCUGGGUGGAGGACACGAUCGAUAGCAAUGUGAAGAGCUGCAGCAGUCCCAAGCAUGCAAAGGCGGCAGAACAUCGGGAAUCUGGGAACAAAGCUGAGAAAGGGCAAAAUGACCAACCAUCCCCCUUUGGGAAUGAAACUGAGCAGAACUCCAGCAUAGAGCUGCACAUUCUCCGGCACAGAGCCAGGGUUCACUUUUCUGAUGAAGCACCCAAUGAAGCUAAAGAAGCCGAGUGUUAUCUGUAAACUCUGAGAGACUCUGUGUCAACUGUCACUGGGGCUUUUCUGCUGUGGAGCAUCUGCCCAUUCUCCUUUCACGUGUAGGGAACUUUACAUGGGGGAAAGGAGCCUAUCAUAUAGAAAACUAAAGGUUUUGAGGUGGCAAGGAUCAUUGGUGCUUUGAUACUUUGCUCAGACAAUAUGGUUUGGUGAAAAGUUGAUGGUGGGGACUUUCUAAAGUUCCCCUUUCAGCAAAUGUUGCUGAACUUCACUAUAUUUACUAAGUAUCCUUCCCCUUCUCUGAAAACUAUGAGAAGCUUAUGUUUGAUUGGGAGGGAUUCAAGUGCUUUAUAAUUGAUACCUAGGAGUAAAUUAUAGGUUGGGUUCUAAUCGAGUGGUUCAGAUGGUGACGUAUAAGAUAUUGGAUAACCCAGAAUGAGUUACAGGCUGGAAUCUAAUCGUGGCCUUCAGAUGGUUUACACAUAGGAUAACGUAUAUCUGGGAGUGAUUGAGGAUUGUUCGGUGCAGAGAGAGAAUACAGAAUUCCUCAGACCAAUGGCAUUACUGUCUGUGUGUGCAAGAUGUCUGCCUGAUGAACAGCAUGAAGAUUGAAACUUCUAACUACUGAUGUGACAUAUAAAUCUAAUAUGUAUAUGUAAUCUAAUAAAUCUCUAUUCA